AUGGUGGUCCUCAACUUCACCUUGAGCGAGGAGGGCGUUGCUGUGCUCCAUGACGCUCUUGCUUGCAUGUUCAAAUUCAGCGACGACGUGUCAUUGGAAGCCAGAAAGGACAAGUUAACUCUGACAACUCUCAACAUUUCCAAGUCCGCAUACGUCUGUUUCUCCUUCGCUGCCAACCGGUUUUUUUCCCGAUAUAGUUUCGAGGGGACACCUCAGUACCGGGACCGCUUCUUUUGUCAGCUGUACACCCGGUCCCUCCUGACCAUCUUCAGAGCACGGCAAGGGAGCGUCGAGCAGUCGCGUGACAGAGAUGCCUCUAUCGACCGCUGUGAUGUGGCGAUAGAUGAUGGCCUUGGCAAAAAGAGCCGCCUCGUAGCCAGAGUCUCCUUCAGAAAUGGCAUUACGGCCUCACAUUCCCUACCUUACGAGGUGAAGCGGCCUACCCAUGCCAAGUUCAAUCGGGACGAGGCUGAGAAUCACUGGGCCAUCUCGUCGCGGACAUUGCGCCAGCUAAUGGACCACUUCGGUCCGGGCAUAGAGCUUCUCGACAUCAACACAGACGACGAGGCCCGGGUUGUGAACUUCACAUGCUUUACGGAGAAGGUGCAAAAACGCGGUGCGGUCAGCAACGAAGCUGUCCUCAAAAAGCCUCUGCACACUAACAUUGCGGUUGAGAUGGACGAGUUCGAUGAUGUUCAAGUUCAGGACAAGCUUCACAUCAUCAUCAGCGUUAAGGAUUUCCGUGCCAUCCUGCAGCAUGCCCAAAUGACCAGCGGAGCACUAACAACUUGCUACUCAAACCCCGGACGUCCCAUGAAGUUAUCCUACAGCGCCGAUGGAGUCCUGUGCGAGUUUAUUCUCAUGACGGUCGGGGAAAAGGAUGCACUAGCACAAAAGCACAAGAACCCUCGCGCGACCGCAGCAAAGCCAGCGGUGACACACCUCGACUCUGCAUCUCACCGGGGAAGCUCUGCUGCGAAUAGCAACCAAGCAGAGCCGCCUCCGGCCGCAUCUCGGCCGCCUCAGCAAAAGAGUCCAGUUCGGCCCCGCCAGCCUGCAUUUGAAAUACGCCCAUCGCCGAUGCCGCCUCCCACCACGGCUCGGUCCGAUUCGCUGUUUGUUGAACAAGCUGAAGACGACGAACAGUGGGAGCCGGUCAACCCGGACGCUGAGGAGGACGAGGAGGAGGAGGAGCCUGGGCGAUUAGAGUGGAAUGCCACCAAUGAGCCGAACCCGUCAUCGAUACGGAUCGGAAGCUACCUGUCAAGACAACCCGAGGCCCAGGAAGGGCUGCCCGAUCGCUUGCCUUCGGGGCUUGAGCCCACCCAACGGCUCUCCGAAGUAUGUGUCCUUCGGUGGUCUGCCCUUGUGUACUGUCGCGGCUAA